AUGGGAAUUCUCUUCACCAGGAAAUGGAGACUGUUCGAUCACCAGGGGCACAAAGUUAUCAUUCUUGGGCUGGAUAAUGCAGGGAAAACUACCGUCCUUUACCAAUUUUCUAUGAAUGAAGUUGUACAUGCAUCACCUACAAUUGGAAGUAAUGUAGAAGAAAUAGUGAUUAAUCAUACCUGUUUCUUAAUGUGGGAUAUUGGUGGACAAGAAUCUCUUCGUUCUUCCUGGAACACAUACUGUACUAACACAGAGUUUGUAAUUGUUGUGGACGGUACAGACAAAGAAAGAAUUUCUGUAACUAGAGAAGAACUCUAUAAAAUGUUAGCCCAUGAGGACCUAAGGAAAACUGGAUUGCUGAUUUUUGCUAGUAAACAAGAUGGUAAAGAAUGCAUGACUGUAGCAGAAAUCUCCCAGUUUUUGAAAUUAACUUCUAUUAAAGAUCACCAGUGGCAUAUCCAAGCAUGCUGUGCUCUUACUGGAGAGGGAUUAUGCCAAGGACUUGAAUGGAUGAUGUCACGAUUUAAGAUUAGAUGAUCUCUACUGACCUCUUCUCAUAGACUUUGUAUAAACGAAGUGCUGGACUUUAUCUGAAAGCUGCAAAAAUUAAUGGUUUAGAUAUAUUUAUAAUAAACUGAUUUAAACUUUUUCUAUAAGAAGAAAAAUUAAGACCACUCAUUUGAGAACAAAGAUGAAGUCUCACUUUCCAAUCUGCUUUCUCAUUAGUCCCUUCCAAAGCAAGGUCUUUAAAGCUGUGAUUGCCAUUUUUCUCAUAAUGAAUCCUCUCAGGACAUUGUGUAGCUUCUGGUAAGUACAAAGGGAGAAGGAGACAUUUUUAACUUUAAGAGCUUUAUUGUCAGUAUAAGCCUCCCUAGUUGAAUGUUGUUCUCUUCUUGUUCCAUUAAGUCAGACUACAAAUCAGCACAGAUCUUCAGUUUCCAAUAUUUUAAAAUGUAAGGUUACUUAUGAAAAGUAUUUUACAUAAGGUUGUAUAUCUAAUGUGUAUAUACCUCAAGUUCAAGUUUAUGGCUUUGAUUUAUGUUCCAAAGAAAAGCAAAUAACCCAAAAGGUAAUACUAUCCUUAGUUAUAACCAUAAUGACAUGAGUACUGGCAGUGGUGUUAAGUGCCAUUUUGUGCUUUCCUCUGUGUUCUCUGUAUUGUAUUAACCAACCCACAAAAUUAUUGAGCUGCUCU